AGGACUUGUCUGACCCCCUAGGUUCGUGCUGGCCGUGGGGAGCGCUGUCUUCGACGCGAUGUUCAACGGAGGCAUGGCCACCACCUCCACGGAGAUUGAACUUCCCGACGUGGAGCCCGCCGCCUUCCUGGCCCUGCUGAAGUUCCUCUACUCGGACGAGGUUCAGAUCGGGCCCGAGACGGUCAUGACCACCCUCUACACCGCCAAGAAGUACGCCGUGCCGGCCCUGGAGGCGCACUGCGUGGAGUUCCUGAAGAAGAACCUGCGCGCCGACAACGCCUUCAUGCUGCUCACGCAGGCGCGCCUCUUCGAUGAGCCGCAGCUGGCCAGCCUGUGCCUGGAGAACAUCGACAAGAACACGGCGGACGCCAUCACCGCGGAGGGCUUCACCGACAUCGACCUGGACACGCUGGUGGCCGUCCUGGAGAGGGACACGCUGGGCAUCCGUGAAGUGCGCCUCUUCAACGCAGUGGUGCGCUGGUCGGAAGCCGAGUGCCAGCGCCAGCAGCUGCAGGUGACCCCUGAGAACAAGCGCAAGGUGCUGGGCGCCGCCUUGGGCCUCAUCCGCUUCCCGCUCAUGACCAUCGAAGAGUUCGCCGCAGGCCCCGCCCAGUCCGGCAUCCUCAUGGACCGGGAAGUGGUCAGCCUCUUCCUGCACUUCACCGUGAACCCCAAGCCACGUGUGGACUUCAUUGACCGGCCGCGCUGCUGCCUUCGCGGGAAGGAGUGCAGCAUCAACCGCUUCCAGCAGGUGGAGAGCCGCUGGGGCUACAGCGGGACCAGCGACCGCGUCAGGUUCUCCGUGAAUAAGCGCAUCUUCGUGGUGGGCUUCGGCCUCUACGGGUCCAUCCACGGGCCCACCGACUACCAAGUCAACAUCCAGAUCAUCCACACGGACAGCAACACCAUCCUGGGCCAGAACGACACCGGCUUCAGCUGCGACGGUUCUGCCAGCACCUUCCGCGUCAUGUUCAAGGAACCCGUGGAGGUGCUGCCCAAUGUCAACUACACGGCCUGCGCCACGCUCAAGGGUCCAGACUCACACUACGGCACCAAAGGUCUGCGCAAGGUGACCCACGAGUCGCCCACAACAGGCGCCAAGACCUGCUUUACCUUUUGCUACGCGGCCGGCAACAACAACGGCACGUCGGUGGAGGACGGGCAGAUCCCCGAGGUCAUCUUCUACACCUAGGCCCUUGGGAGGGGCCGAGCUGCCGCCCCGACCCGACCCGCCCCGCCCCGCACGGGAACGGCGGUCGGGGUUACUCUCAGUGCACACUGCAAUGCAUUAGGGCCCGCGUCCCGGAGAGACGUGGGGCUCGUUGUGCGUUUUGUUUGAAAGGUCCUGUUGUCCUGUGUUCGCGUCCAUUCCCAGGGCCUCCCAGGCCCCAAGGCCCCAGUCUGAGCCUGAGGCCACACCGGCAUGCUGUGGGCGUGGGGCCCCGCCCACUUUGCUGGGCCCAGAUCGGCUGGUUCCCCAGCUCCUUGGGGCUGAGGCUCAGUGAGACCCAGCUGCCCGCCGACGGGGCUGUCCUGGGGCAGCUGGCCCACAUGCUGCAUGAGUUGCCCCCGUUGGCCUGCCGGGGCCCCAGGGCGACGCCUGCCUGUACAUACUGUGCCCCACCCUAGCCUAGUGCCCAAGUCUGGAGCGUUCACCCCGGCCUGUAGUGACCCACCCCCAACCUCUGUGCCCCCUCCCCACUGUGUAUUCCUGCCCA